AUGACGACAAGAUCCCGGCUACAGAUUCUCCUUAGCGGCGCAACCGGCUAUGUCGGCGGGUCUGUCAUCCACCACCUCCUCAAGCAUCCCUCUCUCACCUCCACAAUCUCAUCUUCCUCUCCAAUUACUGUUCCAAUCCGCGGCAGUCAAGAACGUGCAGUAAAGCUCACGAAAGCAUAUGGCUCACGUGUUAAGCCUGUCUCCAUCGUCUCUUACGACGAUACUUCAGCCUUAACAGCUCUUGCCUUCGAGCACGAUAUCGUGAUCAACGCAGGCUCAGGCUUUCAUCCUCCCUCGGCAGAGGCUUUCGUCCAAGGUCUUGAUAAACACAAGGAUCGGAAUGGAGGCCGACCUGUCUGGAUGAUCCACACCUCGGGGGCGUCCAACAUCGCAGACAAACCCUUGACUGGAGUCAACAGGCCAGAUGCUGAAUAUGAAGACGCCUUUGCCGAGAAAGUGUACGAAUUUGAAGAAUCUGAGAACGCGAAAGAUCCAUACCCUCAGCGAACUGCAGAAUUGGAUGUGCUCAGAACUGGGGACAAGCUCGGCGUGAACGCAGUCAGCAUCCAGUCGCCAUGCAUUUUUGGGCCUGGAUCAGGACUCUCCAACAAGGCGGGCUUGAUGAUCCCCAUUAUGAUGGACUACGUCCUCCAAAACGGCUGUGGGUUGACGCUGGGCGAUGAGACGGGCUGCAUCGAUUACGUUCAUGUGUCCGAUCUCGCGGACCUCUACGUUCUUUGCGUGCUAGAUAUUGUCGAACGCGCCGGUGUCAAUGUGCCGAGGGGCAAGAAGGGAAUCAUGUUUCCCACAGUGGGGAGGACGUUAACGAUUGAUAUCCCUCGAAAGUGUCUCGAUAUCGCGUUUGCGACGGGGAGCCUUCCCAAGGAGAACGGGCCGCAGGAGAAGAUUGUGAGAAAUGUUAGUCUUGAGGAUGCGGCAGAGACGUGCGCUGGCAAUAUGGAUGUUGCUGAGACUGGGUAUGCUGGACAUCGCAAGAUGAAGGGGACUGUGGCGAGGGAGAAACUUGGAUGGAAGCCUAUUUAUGGGGAGGAGGCAUGGUGUAAAGACUUUGAGACGGAGUUGAGGGCUGCUUUGAAUGGCCAGAGGCCGUAUACAAUGGGGAAUUGUAUUGCUGGCACAAAGUAAUAUGGGUAUGAAGAUUGCCUACUUAGGGUGCUGAAGUACUCGUCUCUUGCGAAUAGCUUUUAUAACUUCAAUUCACCUCAAAUCGGCAGGCAAAACGACCACGGAGCGACAUCAUCGAUUGAGAAAGGCGAGCAGCGCGUGCGCUAGGAAGGCGGGUCAAGGAGGAUCUUCAUCGCAUGCCAUGCAGAUUCCGGCAUCGCCUGUGUAUGUAGUGUUGAUAUGGAGGCGUGUCCUGCUGCACUUAAUACUCUGCCAUUCCGUCUCAUAGUAGCCACAGCCGCAAGAGUAAUGCAUUCGCCACCGUUGUUUACA